UUAAUUAUUCAAGAGUUGACUUGGCGGUACUCGGAUUCGAACAUGCUGUACUUUUUCUUUUUAUUUUUCUUUCUGACAAAUGUGAUAUAUUCAUUUGAGAAUCGAAUUUAUUAUGGCGAAAAAGUUAAAAAUUUCGAAGUGGUUAAUUUCAUGGUGGCGAUUACUAACUAUAAACGCGUGAUAUGUGGUGGAGCACUGUUUAAUACAAGGACUGUUAUAACCGCGGCCCAUUGUCUACAGGACUAUAGGAGUGGCAUGAUACCUGCGGAUGAAUAUGAAGUAGUUGGUGGAGCACUGAAUUAUGUAAUCUUAGGUGAAGAGAAAAGAGUGGAAAAUAUCACAAUUCAUGAAAAUUAUGGAAUCCCGUGGAGUUUAAGUAAUGAUGUGGCUCUCAUGAUAAUCGAAGCCCCCUUUAGUGGGGAUGUUCUGGUUGGUAGAGUGACACUUGCGCCUAAAAAAUUCCCGUGGCCAAGCGGAGAUCGUGGGAUUGUUUUUGGAUGGGGGCGAACAGAGACUCGAAGAUCAUCUUCAUAUUUGCGCUUCGUUAAUAUUACCCUUAUCCCUAAAGAAGAAUGUGUGAAUAUUGUUGGUAACUAUAUUUCGAAAAUGGAUGACAAUAUGGAAUGUGCUGGUUCCGAGGAUGGAAUGCAAGAUUCAUGUUCGGGAGACUCCGGUGGUCCACUACUUCAUAUUAAAACAGGCUUAAUGAUUGGUAUUGUUUCAUUUGGCAUGCGAUGCGGAUUAGGUGGUGUUUAUACAAAAGUCGGUCCUUUUGGUGAAUGGAUACUUGAACAUUCUAAAGAAUAA